AUGAAAGCCUUGUUGCUUUACUCGCAAGCGCUCUGGUCGUUGGACUUGAUCCCGGCAGAAGAUCUCGACACGUCAUGGUUUACGGACAUGCGAGGCGCCCUCUUGGAGAAUAGAGCGCAAGCAGAGCUUGACCUAAGGUGCUGGUCAGCUGCGGAGGAGGAUUGCUCCGCGGUGCUGCAGCUGGACUCGCAGGCGGCCAUCGCUCGUUUUCGACGAGCAUCAGCCCGCCAGCAGCUGGGGCGGGAAGAGGAAGCGCUCAAGGACGUCGUGUUAGUGCUGGAAGCCCGCCCGGAUGAUCAGGUAGUCCAAGGGUUCAAGGAUGAACUGGUCCAGGAGGUGGUCGCGAAGGUGCGGCGAGAUUUGAAGACGAUCGAGGACCCAGGGCGCCGCAGAAAAAAGCUCAAGGCCUACCAGCUGAAGUACCACCCGGACAAGAACGGUGGCUGUGCUACAUCCGCCGAGGUCUUCAGGGGCAUUCAAAGCUGCGGCGCCCUUUGA